AGGGUCCAUGCUGGGAGCCUGACGUGGGACUCGGUCCCGGGACUCCAGGAUCAUGCCCUGGGCCGAACGCAGGUGCUAAACUGCUGGGCCACCCAGGGAUCCCCCCCCCUUUAUUAUUUUUUAAAAAGAUUUAUUAUUUUAGGGAGGUUCUGUUUUCUCUGCUGGUUGUCCGCCUGUGUUUUCCCCCCUGCUUGGAACCUGGGCACGUGCCCGUCUUGCUGCCUCCACGUUGCUUGCCCUCCCCCUUCCUGAGCCCCACGCUCCCGGCUCUCAGUCCUGCCACAGGGGCCUUCCCAAGGUACAGGCCUCGGCGCACCACUCGCCCUGCUCCACCCCACCCCUUUGAUCCUCGGGGUCAGCCCAUCCUUCUCAGUGUCUCCUCUCUGCCUGCCUGAGCCUCUGUCCUCUCCUUAGGCACGUGCCAGCCAUUCUGGAGGAGGAAAGAAUCUCAGGUGGACUCCCCGCUGAGCAGGGAGCCUGAUGUGGGGCUUGACCCCAGGACCCUGAGAUCACGACCAGAGCCGAGAUCGAGAGUCAGACACUGCAUUGACUGAGCCCCCCCCAGAUGCCCCUGUUGCCUCCUCUCUUGACGGGGUUGCAGUUCUGUUAGGAGUGACUCUGCUCUGGAAUCUUAAAGGCGUUGCUGUGUUGUGUUGUGACUCCCGGGGCUGCUGCUGAGAAGCCAGAGGCACUGAACUCUGAUACUUUGUGUGUGGGGCUCAUGGCACCUUCCCUUUGGCCCUGGGCUCCUCAGUGUGAGGGGACGGGGUUCCUCCAUCGUGCUGGCCGUCAGCUCCGCCGCUCAGGCCGAAGUCUGACUUUUGGUUUUGUUUGCUUGUCUUCAGUGAUUGCUUCGUGAUUUUCUCUGCCGCUUCCCUGUCGCCCUCUUCCCAGGAGUUGUCACUCCGCUGUUGGGCCUCCGGGUGGCUUCUCUAAGUCUUCUCUGACUCUGUUUUUCAGUGUUUGCUGUUUUUACCACACGGUUCUUUUGGGUUUUUUGUUUGGCUGCUCAUGUAGCCUUAGUUUGGAGAAGCUUGCUGUGUCUCGGAAUGCUGACGCUCCGUCCUCGUUUCACGGGUGCGGGACCUGUCCUCACGCGUCCUGGCCCCACCGGCCCUGCCCCGUUUGUCCUGUGUCCUCGGCGGCUUCCCCCGGCUACUGCCGAGCCUUGGCUGUCGGCUCCGUGUGAGAUCGGGAGCCAGCAGGCUGCGGUGCCCGGGAGCUUUCCUGCGGCCACCGCGGGCCAGGCCUCACUGCACCGUGCUGACAGCGUCGGGCCGGAGGUUUCCCUGUGCGUCUGCACCUCUCACUUGGAGCCCCUGGGCCUCUCCUGCGCUUCCUGGUGCUUCACGGGCGCGGUUGGCAGCACAGCUGCUCUGCGGCGAGGCGUCUCUCGGUCCCCGCGCUUCUCAGGGCGGCGGGCGCUGCCAGGCCUCCAGCGGCAGGGCUGCGGAGCACCGCCUGUCCCCACGUGGACCCCGUGUGGGUCCCCCACAUCUGCCCAGCACCGUCCUCAGGCUCCCGAGACAGUUCUGCUCUUGUCUUGCGCGUCACACAAGGCUUCGGCCUCUCGCAGAUCUCCAGGUUUUGUUGGGGGCAGGGGAGCCCGGGUUGGGGGGGGAAGGAGGCGGGCGUGUUUGUCCCGCAGCGCGGCCCAGGGACCUUGCUGCCCGCGGGGCUCCCUGCCCACCUCCUUCCCCACAUGGCUUCCUGCGGGAGGUGCGACCUGGGGCACCUGCCUGUCUGCGUCCACGGUGGGGACCGUGAGCACCUGGACGGACACCGGAGCUUCCGAUGGCGCUGAGGCCUCAGCCCACGGCCCUGCCCGCACCAGGCUCUCCGGCCCACACCCCUCCGCCCGGAGUGCACCCCCCUUCCAGCCUGGCCGUGCUUCUGGUCCUGCAGCCCGAGGCCAGGCCCGUCGCCUGGGCCAGGUCCACAGCCCGCCGUGUCCCCGCUGCUGUCCAGGUCCUUCCUCAGAUCCCUGUGAAGAGUGGUGGUCCCCAUGGGGCAGGGGUCCUCGGGGUGCACCUGGAGGGCCCGUUCAUCAGUCGGGAGAAGCGGGGUGCACACCCCGAAGCCCACCUGCGCUCCUUUGAGACCAACGCCUUCCAUGACGUGCUGGCCACCUACGGGCCCUUGGACAACGUCCGCAUUGUGACGCUGGCCCCCGAGCUGGGCCGAAGCCAUGAGGUGAUACAGGCGCUGACGGCCCGUGGCAUCUGUGUGUCCCUAGGACACUCGGUGGCCAACCUGCAGGCUGCGGAGGAAGCCGUGCAGAGUGGGGCCACCUUCAUCACGCACCUCUUCAACGCCAUGCUGCCUUUCCACCACCGUGACCCAGGGAUCGUGGGGCUUUUGACUAGUGACCGGCUGCCACCAGGCCGCCACAUCUUCUACGGGAUGAUUGCUGACGGCACACAUACCAACCCCGCUGCCCUGCGCAUUGCCCACCGCGCCCAUCCCCAGGGGCUGGUGUUGGUCACCGAUGCUGUCCCUGCCCUGGGCUUGGGCAAUGGCCGUCACACGCUGGGGCAGCAGGAGGUGGAAGUAGAUGGGCUGACAGCCUAUGUGGCAGGCACCAAGACUCUGAGUGGCAGCAUCGCCCCGAUGGACGUCUGUGUCCGGCACUUCCUGCAGGCCACAGGCUGCAGUGUGGAAUUGGCCCUGGAGGCUGCGUCCCUGCACCCCGCUCAGCUGCUGGGGCUGGAGAAGCGCAAGGGGACCCUGGACUUCGGGGCGGAUGCAGACUUCGUGAUGCUCGAUGACUCUCUCCACGUGCGGGCCACCUACAUCUCGGGCGAGUUGGUGUGGCAGGCGGAGGCGGCCAGGCAGUGACCGAGGACCACAGCUGGAAAGGAUGCCCAGCCUUGGCUGGACGCUGGCGGGGAUGAGCCGUGGAGGAGCUGGUCUCCAGGGAGCCAUUGGCCACCCUGCCCCUGGCGGAGGCCUCCGCUCAGGACGCAGCUGGAUAAACAUGCGCCCAGCAGGGA